AACACAUCAAAUCCAUCAAUCAAAUCACCCCUUCCAUGCUCUCCUUUGUACCCGUACCAUGUAGUCCAGCCCAUUCACACCACUCACAUCUCCAGAACCUCCCUACCCUAUAUACUACCUUGUUACGCCCAACCGCUCAUAAACCGUUUCCCCAACGGUCUACCUGACUCAAACCCAUCACCAAUAGUUCCUGAAUCCUUACAAAAACGCCCACCCCAACCGUUCGUUCCCUCGCCUCGCCGUUCAAAAGCGCCCCCGAUCGCAAUGCCCAUGCAGCUUCUCCCUCCCCAUCGUGUACUUAACUGCUAUCCCUAGAUGUUUAAUAUACGAAGAGUAGUCUGUCAAUGUCUACACGACUCGAAUAGGUGUCUCAAUACGAGGAUAUGUGACGAUGGAAGUAUGUGGUUCUAGCCGCAGUUUAAGACACCCAGAUGGCGGACUCCUCUGCCAUGCGUUUCUCCCUCGAAUUUACUGGGGAUUUUACGUUCCUUGAGGUUUUCUACGUGAGUAUGUGCAAGCAUGUGAUGGCGUGCGGUGCGUGUUUGGUUUAUCCCCCCUGGACAUGUAUGAUGAUGCGGGCCGAUUUGAAUGAUCGCCAAAACGAGUUUAAUGGAAAUGUUCUACAUAUGAGACUACAACAUGCUAGGUCGCGGAAGUGACAGCUUCCGGGAGGAGAAUUUUUUGGGAUGAUCGGCAGGGGAGUGGAGGGGAUCUUUGAUAGAUUUGGUUGUGUGGGUCUAUGCCACGCGACGGAGGGGCUACAACUUACGACAUGUCGACCAUGUUGAUCAC